GUGAGUCACCAUGGCAACGUUAGCUGUCAUCAGUUCCGCGUGAGGAAAGCUUGUUGAGCUUUGAGAGGAAAGCAGACAGAUGCACGCGUAGUUUUUAAUGUCCACUGGAUUAAAGAAAGCGCUCUUAUCAUUAAUAUAAGAAAUUCAUAUGAAACAUCACUACUCUGCGACAAAAUGAGUCAUUUCAACCCAGGUCUUAUUGCAGCAUAUAAUAGUUUGACGGACAAACAUCUGAGCGGAUACUUCAACAAUGCAAGAAUACGAAGACAUCUUCAAAAAGUUGGACUGAUCAGCCGGAGUGGACGGAUCGUUCCAGAUAAGGAGUACAAACACAAGCUGAUCCAGAGGGCACAUCAGAGACAUGUGAGAGAGUGUCUGGCUCAAGCCAUCUUCCACAAGGUGCUGGACAUGGAGCGUCUUCAUCAAUCCGAGAUCAAAAGAAAACUUGAGGAAUUUGCAAGGAGGGAGCAAAUACACAAAAUAAAGGCUGAGCGCUCUAAGAGGUGUGAUGAGGAACCAAUGCUAUUGUUCUCACCUCGGCCUCCAACGGGACCAAAGAUCUCUCACACACACCAUUCUGGGCCUGAUGCAGAGAAUUCUGAAUCGACCGAAUCUCCGAGUUCCUCCCGGCCCAACACGGCUCCAGGAAAGAUGCAGAGACCUGUUCGACUCAAGCCGUUGAACAGCAACAGUGCCACGACCUCUCUGAGGAGAACCUCCCCUAGAUACAGACGACGGCAACGGGACUCCUCCAAUGAAACAGAUCAGCCCCUCAGUUAUAUGCUGGACAGAGACACCAUAAGACAUACGACCUUGACAGACUUCUCUAGUACUGUCUCGCCCUACCGUCUUCCUGUCAUUAACAACUACGUGACCCCUGUGCCUCCGCUCACUAAAAAGAAAGACAGAGGAGCGAGACUGAAUGGUACACAUAGAGGACGAAAGUUGAGACCAACUACAGCACCAACGGAGCAGCCCUCCACUCUCCAGAGGACAUCCGCCCAGAGUAGAGUAUCAGUAAGAAUGGUGUAUUUUGGCAAGAGUGUCCACUUGUCUCAUGAUCUGAUGGACCUCACAGAUGAGGUGAAGGUCUUUCAGCAGCAUUGUGGAGGAGAGAAUCUCUGUGUCUUUAAAGGGAAGCUAAAUGAAGGAGAAAUUUUCGAGUUUGUGUCGAGACGUCAUCAGGGAUUUCCCUUUAGUCUUACAUUCUUCCUGAACGGCCUGCAAGUGGAGCGGCUCAGUUCAUGCUGUGAGUUCAAACACAGAAGAGGCGCUCGUCUCGGGGGCAGACAUGGACACUUUGGUUUUUCCAGUGUGGAGGGAGCAUCUCCCUGUUACAAGUGUAUUAUUGCCAUGGGCUUGGACAAAAAACCCACCCCUCCUCCCAAAAAAGUCAAAGAAGAGGUGCCUAGUUCUAAAUCCCCUGAUGCCAAAGAGUCCACAGAUGUAGAUGAGGAUAUAGAGACGCGUUCAAAUUCAGACCCUCGUGCAUCACAGGAUAUGGAAACAGACCGCAAUGGAGAAACACCGGAAGGGAAAAAGCCUAAAGAUGACUACGAGGAAGACUUCGAGGCAGAUGAUGAAGGACAAGUUGAGGAUGAAGAGGAAGUGGAGGGAAAGUCUUCUUCGGUUGCCAAUAAUGAAGAAAACGACAGAAAUGAAAACAACAGAGACUCUGACAGUGAAGUUGAGGACGCUAGGAUGUCUAAUAAAAGGUCACCAUCUGUCUCAUCUGGUCGAACGUCCAGUUUGUCUAGCCGAGACAGUGACAACAGUGACAGAGAAAUAGAGGAGGAUACCAAAGAAGCCACCGCUGAUGUUCUAGAGGAGAGCAUUCACGUUCAACCAGAAGAAGACCUCACCACAGCUAAGAUGGAGGAGUCCUGCUCUGUUACACAACCUCAAGAUGCAGAGGAUGACUCUGAGACGCAGGACAAUCACGUGGACAGCGUGGAGAAGAGUGAAUUGGAAACAUCAGAAGAUACAGAGAAGAAUGAACAUACUCAAGGUGAGAAGGACGGGGAGGAACCCAAACCUGAUGAUAAGCCACCAGAACCUGAAUCAGACACAGGAGCCACGUCAAUGCAGGAGAAGUUGGCUGCGGCCAUUUUGAAGGAAUCUCAUUGUAGUUCAGAGCCAGAGCUCAGUGAUACAAGCACAGAGGAAGAUGAAGGGGCUUCGGUGAAGACCCAACAAGACAGCCAAGGAGCAGAAAUCGAAAGUGCAAUAAGUAUCGCUUCACCACAACCACCAAACAUAAAGCAAGAUAUUUCAGAGGAAAAUGACGCCAACACACAGGAGGGUGCGUGUGAGAAAACAUUGCUUGGUGAUGAUGAAACAGGGCAGCCUGCAGAGGAGACAAACACAGAGACACCUUAUGCACACAAAGAGGACGAAGGAGAACAACCGAUGAUAAAUGAAGAGAUGACAGCAAGCUUAGACAUAGAGCUAGAGGAAUGUGAGAAAACAAAUGAGGUUAAAGUACAAGAUGAGCAUGUGGAUCUUAAUAAAGAGUCUAAAGAAGAAGUGUUCGAAUCAGUGCAAGAAUCAGAAACACAUGAUCAAACGCUAGACACUGGAAAUACAGUUGAUGAAGAUAUACAAGUAAUAGAAAAUGAGUUUUCAGAGAUACCCGAAGUGCCGUCAAUAGAGAAAGAGAGUUCAGUAUCAUCUCAUACUGAUAAUGACAUAGGAACAGGUGUUGCUGAUACUGAGAGGAAGACAGACGCUGAUGACGCAGAUCAGAACAUAGAGAGGAGGAGCAAUGGACAGCCAGACAGAGAUGAAAGAGAUGACCAAACAGAUGAGGCUGGUGAUGAUAGGUCAACUGGGGAGAAGAUCCAGGACACAGGUGGCUUGAUGGAUGAUGGUGGUUCUGGUAAACAGGAAGAUGUGAAAGAUGAGGCACAGAAGGAAGAGAAAGACGAUAUAGUGGAGGAAGUUGUAGAGAAGCUAGAAAGUGAGGAUGAUAGAGGUUUAGAGAAUGCAGAGACACCAAUUGAUGGAGAGGAAGAAUAUAAGAUAGGAGAGAGACCAGAAGAUCAAGAAAACAAGGAAACUAUAGAGGGAGAAGCUGAAAAUAGAGAAGAAUCUGAUGAAGCUGAACAUCAAGAAAGUGAGGGUGAGAAAGACUUGAAAGCAGAUGAUGUGGAAAAAGAGAACAGUGUGGAAAAAGAGGAUGGACAGAAAGAAGCAGAAGAUGGAGAACAGGGUGGGAACGAACUAUCAGGGGAAGAAGGAAAUAAGAACAGUGAUGAUGAGAUUGUAGGAGAAACUGAGAAAGGGAAUGAUGAAAUUAUGGAAAACAAGGAAGAGGAAAAGAUGAAAGAUGAGAUUGUAGGGGAAACAGAGAAAGUGAAUGAUGGAAUGAUGGAAAACAUGGAAGAGGAAAACAGGGGAGAGGAAGAGGAAAUGAUGAAGGAUGAGACUGUAGAAGAUACUGAGAAAGAGAAUGAUGAAAUGAUGGAAAACAGGGAAGAGGAAAAGAUAGGAGAUGAGAUUGUAGGAGAAAAAGAAAAAGAGAAUGGUGAAAUGAUGGAAAACAUGGGAGAGGAAGAAGAAAACAGGAGAGAGGAAGAGGAAAAAAGGAGAGAUGAGAUGGUAGGAGAAACUGAGAAAGUGAAUGAUGAAAUGAUGGAAAACACGGAAGAGGAAAAGCUGAGAGAUGAGAUGGCAGUGCAAGAAAGUGAGAGUGUAGAGAACAAAGCGAAAGAAACAUUAGAAACAGAAGAAAAGUUGGUUGAAGAAUUGAAAUGUGAUGAAGAUGAGGCAAAGAAAGAGGUGGAAGACAUCGAUGAGAAUGUAGAAAAUGAGGCCGAAAACUUUACUGAGGACGGAAAUGAAGAAUCGGUUUUACAAGAAGAACAAAUUGGCGCAGAGCCCAGUAUCAAAGAGGAGGUACCUGCUGACACGAAUCAUGACUUGCUAGCAAAUAAUAUAGAUGCUGAAAAUGGAGAGCGAGAGAUCGCCACACAAGAUUAUGAUGAAAAACUGGAAAAAGAUCUUCAAGAUGAGGAAACACCUAACAAAUUAGAGGGUGAGACGACUGCUGGUGAGGCUCAAGAUGUUACAGAUGAUAGUGAAACAAAGCCAGAGACUGAUGAAGAUGAUAGCAAAGAGCAGGAGAUGGAAAACACAAAUUUAAAUGAAACAAAGUCAGAUGAUGAAGUUCCCUCAGGAAGAGGUUCUCAGUUGGACCAUGAGAAAGCAGUGGCAGAAGAGGCUGAUAAAGAAUCCGAAAUAUCCGCGAAAACGUUCAUAGAAAAUGUAACUCAUGAGAAAAGAUCAGAGUCGUGUGACGUACAGGAAACGGCCAAAAAAGAUGAAGAACGUGAGAUUAUUACAUCAGAAGAACCUAAUAAUAUAGACACCAGAGAUGCUCCUGAGGGACAAGACAGCGAACCAGAGGAGAUGAAAGAGAAGUCGGUCAAUGAAGAAGAUGGUGGAUCAACAAAAGUGCUGGCCUUCAAAAAAGAAGAGAAGGAUCUGAGUAUUGAUUCAGAAGAUCCAACCGUCCGUCCAGCAGUUUUAGAUGGAGCAAAUGGUGUGGAUCUUGUGAGUAACUGGAUUAACAUACACCAAACCUCCAGGUAUUUUCAGACAUUUAUUGAGCCUCUUGAUGAAAUCAAAGAGAACUCAGAUGAAACUGGUGAUGAAGUGGUAGACGCUACAGAGACACAAAGUACUGAUUUUGGGGGUCUCGAUGAAACUCCAGUAGAUGAAAGCUUAAUAACAGAAACCAAACCUGAAGUCAUUGAAGACGAUAAAGACAAAGAUGAAGAAGUCAAAGAUGGAGAUAACAGAGGUUCUUUGGUCACUACAUGGUCAAGACAGAGUAACGAAGAUGACAUCAAUCAAAACGAAAUGGUCGGACAAGACGAUUCUACGCUAAACAAUGACUUAAAUCUGGCAACAACAGCAGGUACAACGUCUGAAGAAAUUCAAGGCAUAAACUCCUUUAAAACCCAAGAGCAUCCAAGCUCUCAAGAGGAAUCAAAACAAAAUAACCAACAAACUACGACUGAAGAAAUGUCUUCUGUAUCUCAAACAGAGGAAACAAUGGACAAACAGAUCCUGGAGAGUUCAAAACACAACAUGAAAUCUGAGCAAGUACCUCAGACGGAGUAUAUCGAGUCGCAGAGUCCGACAAUCACACUAAUGACAGACCUCACAGUCAUCAAUAAAUCUGAAAAUGGGAGCCGAGAUGACACGGCAAGUGUUGAUUUCCAUGAUUCCAGACAGUCGGAUGAAAGCAAGAAUGCAGAUGGAAACAGGAGACAUUUCAAACAGACUCCGGGCAAAGACACGCUGAGCACUUUCUCAAUAGAAGACUCCAGGUUUUUUGGGCCGGCGGGAUAUCCGAGAUUAACAACUGCUCACACUGAGAACAGUUACUAGUGCUCAAAAUACUUACAGUUGCCAGGAUCUUCCCACAACACAACACACACAUGCAUGCAUUCAUCACCGCCCAUAAAGAAUUAAGAGGUGACCACCAGCAACGGUGUCAUGCAAGUUUCAUCACAUUUGCUUUCUUGUGUUUUCGUGCUUGUUU